AUGGCUGGUCGUCGGCAGGAAAAAAACAAAGCGACUGCGCUACCUCUGCCUCCUCCACAGAAUGCCCCCGAGAGACCUGAAAACUCCGAGCAACAAAUUACAGCAUUUUUGGCCAUUCAACUAAACAAUGUCAAGCUGUGGGUGCAUCUUGAAGGCCAAGCGAGUGCCGAUAAAGUGGGAGUUGCAAACGCCGAGGAUCUAGCUGACCUUAGACCAAUACUCCAGAGCAAGUUUCGAUCCCUGCGUUCCGUUGAGCAAGGCGACAUACAAUUCUUCGUAAGAAAGUCGCAUACGAAUCCCCUUCCCCCUGACACCACUAUUGAAGAAAUCCAAGCGAAUAACACCGCCAAAGUGCCGCUUAUCGUGCGGUACCCACUUUCAAACGACACCGGUACGAUUCUUUUCCCAACGUCCAUUGUUGCGCCUGUUAUGCUCAACAGUCUCUGUCGUUUUGUAGUCGAUAUAGAGGUUACGCACAUCAAGAGUCAUAUCAAAAUCUCUCUGGCUCAUUCCACCGGUACCUGGUACCUCCUACGAGCUAAAGCUAAAGAAAAGCUGGAGAAAUUGCAUGGGGCCGAAUUCUACUUUAUGGACAAGAAUCAAAAAGAUCGUAUUGUCGACGAUGAAUUCGAGUUCAAUGCCCUGGUAGCGAGGACCGCACCAAAUGACGAUGGCGAACGCUUAAUUCAGCUUAAAGCCCAACUUAAAGGAAAGAGACCGUACGGUGAUUGGACUUCUAAAGAUCUAUUAACUGAGAUCUUGAAUAUGCCGCUUGGUUCUAUUGAAGGAUUACCCUGCUUUGAUAUUGAAAGCAUUCCCGACGGAGAACCUUUGUCCGAUGAAGACACAAACCUCUUUUUAGGCACACUCGAGAAGAUUGCGGUUUCUCUUCACAAUCAUGUCAGCACUAAUGAGGCCACAGCACGUUGUUACAUCCACCCCUUCAUGCAUACAGCCGUGGCUCACGUCCGGUCCUCACAUCCGACGAUGCGGUUGAGUUUGGAAGAAGAUUUCGAUGGAAGCCGUGGAUACGGGCGUUUGGAUUACGUGGUCCACUGCCAUGAUAUCGCUGUCCUGGUAACGGAAGCAAAAAUGGAAUCGAUGGGCAAGGGGGUAGUUCAAAAUAUUAUACAAUUACACACCGCAGCAGAGAAAUUAUUGGGAAAGCGCAAGCGCAGAGACCUUAACAAUGAACUUCCCAGCAUAUACGGAAUCGUAACAACUGGGGAAAAAUGGAAGUUCAUCCACUGGUCCGGUCCCCCGACAACCCCAAGUGUGAAGGUAUCAAAAUCGUACGUCUGUGGUUUCGACGAAGAGGACGAAGAAGCAAAUGAGGCAACAAAAAAGGCAACAACAAAGGUGCUUUCUCUCAUCAGUCGUCUUCUUCAUUCCCAAGGCGAUUUCAUGGAAUCGCAUAUGGACCUUUUUCAAGUUGGCGAGAAUGAGGUGGCCGGUGAUGAUGAUGAUAAUGAGAGGGAUAGUCAGCGCGCGCGUAUUGAAUGA